AUGUGCGGCGUCAUUGGAAAUAUUUACAAGCAAGGUUCUAUAAUAGAUCCUCACACGGACGAUGACGAAGACGGCGUCGAUCCCGCGGCCGAAGUCGAAGCCGAAGCCGGGGCCGGGGUCGAAGCCGAAACGGAGGCCGAAGCUAAGGUCGAGGUCGAGGUCGGAGUCGAAGUCGGGGUUGAAGUCGGAGUCAAAACGGGAGCCGCCGUCGUCGUCUGCAUCCCGUUCUCCGAUCCAGCGGUCGCGUGCGUCGAGGUGGCGCCUCCAGUGUCGUUCCCCUCCGGUUCAGUCGAAGCUAUCGAUGCGGAAUCAUCGUGGUCGCCGUCCGCGUCGUCCUGGUUGCCGGUUGCUGAAUCUGCGGGGUUAGCCCGAGGUCCCAACUGGGUCAUGUUCGUGCUAGAGGCACGAGAGGUCAAUGCGGUAGCACCACCGUGCUUCCCGUUUUUGCCAGCAACUCGGAAGCUGGUCGUCGAAGUCGAAGUCGAGGCCCCCGGAACAGGGGCGGCGGUGGCCGAAGUCGAAACGGGCUUCCUGCAGGCGCCCCACAGGUGGCCAGCGCAAGCCAGCGCGAUCGCAAAGCGCGCAGUAGUGCGUCUCGAAUUCGUGUCGCAAGCCGUACUUGGCGCCCAGGAUCUAGAUCUCCUGUGGCAAGCGGCGUUGAGCGCAGCCUUCUGCGUCUCGGCGGAGCCUUGGAAGAGAUUAGCAUGUAAGCGAAGAUACGCGCACUGA